GGCCUGCGACGCGGGGGCGGCGGGUGUAAGCUGGCGUAAGCUGCCUGGCACGCACGGCGCACUUGCAUUGGGCGCUUGCGUUGCGGGCGUUCGUGCAAGUCAGUUCGCAGUAACCUGUCAUCGUGAGCGCUGCCGCGAGUCGAAAGAUGAUUUUCCCCGACUCACGAUUCAGUCCCUCUCAUCCGGCUGCGAUCCUGACGUCUGUGGCUGUGCGACGCGCGUGACGUGCGCCGGCGACACCGAUGCGAGGACGAGGGUGUCCUCGCGGGCCAUUCACUGCGGCGGACGACGAUGUCGGGCAGCAGCGAUUCCGAGGAGUUCUUCGACGCGGAGGACGACUCGUUUCAUCGUGCCUCGCGAAAAGUUAAGCAGCGCGAUACCACCAGCGAUGAAUCUCAAGCUGAUAAAGUGUCAGGAACUUGCAAACAAGCGGACGAUCAUGUUUUUGUAAAGCCUGCUGAGCCUAAAUCAACUGUUGAACCAAAGGGCCCUGUGCAAACUAAAGAUAAAGUUGAUGAGGAUGGCAGAGAAUCGACGACGACGGACAAGAUUGUGGGUAGGAGAAGAUUCCGCGAGCUUCGGCAGCGUAUGCAAACGGAAGACGACGAUAUUCCGAUUAACAGUUCCCCUCCAGACAGCCAGACAUCUUCCAUCGAGGGUGUUUAUCCCACCCCUUCAAAAACGACCCAUCCAUUCAGAAUCAUAGAGCAUGACACUCUUAGCUUACAAAGUAUGACCUCUCUAGGACGAGUGGGCCGAAUUCUGGCAGGAGUCGCAGAUAAUGCAUCUGGCGUACUUGUACCUGGUAUAUCCCAGUGUCCUCCUUCUGCCGCCCUUACCCGUGAGGGUCAGAUGUCCUCCAUUGCUAGUAUUCCAAGCAAAGACGAGGACACAACCUCUGGUAAGGUGUCCCAGUCUUCCAGCAUCCUUACGUUAUCAGGGGAUGUCCUUCAGGAAUCCUCUGUUAACGGUAGGUCCAAUUAUGCAUCUCACUCGCAAAGUGACAAGACUAUUAUGCUUCAAGAACCCGAUGUCAUCGCUAGUACAAAGAAUAACGGGAAACCAGCGGAAGACGUCGCGAUGCCUGGUGUGCCCGUUGCCCCGCCGCGUCGUAAAAAGAAAACAAAGGCUCACACACCGAGUGAUCUCGCUCCGUCUGUGGAAGCGCUCGUACCCGCGUCGCCGCUCCCGAGUCCAGCGAGCACCAUAGAGUCGAUUACCAGAGAGUUCGAGCAUUCUCUUGAUAUCCGAUCCGCGACGAAGGGGCAGUAUGUCGUUAAGCCACAGGAUGAGGAUAAGUCGAGAGCGGAAGGACCGUCUAGCGAGGAAUUGGAGAGGGUAGAGAGAAUGAAAGCUGAACUGCUUAGUGUAAGAUCGAGUGAGAAAUCUAGUAGUCCCCUAGGAUCAGUAUCGAGCAACAGUAUUGGCCGUUAUUCUUUAGGCCCGCAUAAGUUCUCAGGGAUGAGCCCGCAAGGUUCCAAAGAGCGGCGCAAGUCUGCUGGCGAUCAGGAUAUGGUCAAGCAGUUGAAUAUGUUUGUGAGAACCAGGACGGAUUCUGGCAAGCGUCUUACUGAUAUGGAGAUCUUGGAACAAGUGACCGUGUUGAAUUUAGAUACGGGCGAACGAGUGCCAUUAAGUAUAGCGGAGGACAAGCUGCCGCAGUGCAUCAAUCCUCUGUCACUGCACAUUAUGAGGCUCACGUCGGAAUACAUAAGCAACUCUAGUCUUGAGAAGGAAAAGGAGAGCGACGAGGAAAGCGUGGACAGUAAGAUGUCCAGCAUACCGCCGGACGAGGACGUGUCAGUGGGUAGAGUUCGCAAGCGGACGCAGAAACUGAAGCGAUUCCUGGGCUCCACCGUGAAGAAAACGAUGGACAAGGCGAAAUCGAUCGCCCAAGAGGUGUCGCACGCGAGACACAAGGAGGACGUGAUGGACAUAGUCGACGAGGUUUACCCCGGCGAGCAGCAGUACAUAAAACUGAAGGCGUCGAACAGUCACAAGGGCCCGUACGAGUUCAGUUGCUUGCAGCACGUUCAGGAUCUCAGCGGGGAGCACGUCGGCCCGGUUUGGUGCAUGAAGUUCUCCGCGUGCGGUCGGCUGUUGGCCACCGCCGGGCAGGACCGCGUCCUCAGGAUCUGGGUGCUGCGGGACGCCUUCACGUACUUCCAGGACAUGCGUACCAAGUACAACGCCGAGAAGGUCAGCCCGACGCCUUCACAGGAGUCGUUGGUCUCGCAACAGUCCAUGGAGGAUCCCAACGUCGUGGCGAGUGCCUUCAGCGAGAUAGAAGGAACGAAGAGCCCGUUCAUGCCAAAGCCAUUUUGUACAUACACCGGCCACACCUCCGAUCUGCUCGACGUCUCAUGGUCUAAGAACUACUUCGUCCUAUCGUCGUCGAUGGACAAGACCGUCAGGCUUUGGCACAUAUCCCGCAAGGAAUGCCUCUGUUGCUUCCAGCACAUAGACUUCGUCACCGCAAUAGUAUUCCAUCCGCGUGACGACCGGUACUUCCUCUCGGGAUCCCUCGACGGGAAAUUGCGCCUGUGGAACAUCCCGGACAAGAAGGUCGCCGUGUGGAACGAAGUGGACGGCCAGACGAAGCUGAUCACCGCGGCGAACUUCUGCCAGAACGGCAAGUUCGCGGUAGUCGGCUCCUACGACGGCAGAUGCAUAUUUUACAACACCGAUCAGCUCAAGUAUCACACGCAGAUACACGUACGAUCGACCCGGGGUAAGAAUUCCACCGGGCGUAAGAUCAGCGGUAUCGAGCCGAUGCCGGGCGAGGACAAGAUUCUAGUCACGUCGAACGACAGCCGUAUCCGUCUGUACGAUCUGAGGGAUCUGAAUCUGUCCUGCAAAUACAAGGGAUACGUGAACGUCAGUAGUCAAAUUAAAGCGAGUUUCAGCCCGGACGGGCAGUAUAUAGUCAGCGGCUCGGAGAAUCAAUGCAUUUACAUCUGGAAGACCCAUCAUGAUUAUUCCAAGUUUUCUAGCGUACGCAGGGAUCGGAACGAUUUCUGGGAAGGCAUCAAGGCUCACAACGCCGUGGUAACAUGCGCGGUGUUCGCGCCAAAUCCGGAUAGUAUUAUCAAGCAGAUCGAGGCGAGAGAACAGUGGGAGAGUAAGGAAGAGUCGAAAAGUGUCGAUAGUUCCACGGUGGGCGUUGUUCCCGUUGACCCUGUCGUUGAACAACGCACUAAAGGCUGCGGAGGCCAUGUUCUCGUCAGCGCCGACUUCAACGGGUGUAUAAAGGUUUUUUUAAACAAGACCAAACCCAAGCAUAGUUCCCUACCGGCAUCCGCACUUGCGUAACCUAACGUUGUAUGAAUUUAUGUUUUAUAUAUAUAUAUAUAUAUAUAUAUAUAUAUAUAUAAAAGUAGUAUAAUAGAAAUAACGGAUGAAAUAUCCGUGUGCGAAUUCUCUCUCUCUCUCUCUCUCUUUGCCUCCUUGUGUAUCGCAAGUUUCGCAACGCGUCCUCCCCAUGAGAGGCACACGAUCGUAGGCAAUCAUUUUUUUCUUUUUUUUUACAAGAUUCUUUACGCAAAGUUGCGCAAGAGUACCAUUUUAUCGUUACUACGAAGAAGAACUACUUUCGCACAGAUAAUACGUUUAUACGAUAUAUGAGUUCCCACGAAAUCACGCUUGAAUAUUUCAGUUUCCGUAACAAUUAUUAAUAAUACGCGCCGUAGCAGAUUACGUUCCAUACGUUACGUAUGGAUAUUAUGAUGAUUAAUACCGUUGAUGCUGAGCAAACGAGAUUGAAACAUAUACACGGACAUUGUGAAUUUUUCGUUCGCCGAGAGCUUUUUCUAUCUUUCCUUUUUUGUAUUGCAGUUGAACGGUGCUGGUCCACUGUUACCAUCGAAUUACUAUUUUACGAGAGAUUUAUCAAAAUUAUGUCGUACAGUACGAUAAUCGAAAUUGUCGGUUGAAGAUACGGCGACGAGUAUCGAAUCGUCCCACGCAUAUAUUACUUGCGACAAUGACGAAGUUACAAAUGAAGACAACAAGAGCACCUUGGUGAAAACGAAGUAUAAAAGGAAAAGAAAAAAGAAAAAGAAAACCCAAAAAAAA